GGCUUUUUGAAGAAUAACUAAAACCGUCGCCAUCCUACCGCGGCGCCAGAUGAGGGUUCCCCCUGUUCGACGCGCUAGGUCAGCGCCUUGAUAUCUGCUUGCUGUUUAUAAACAGAGCGUGCCUUCCUCCAAGUCUUACAGUGCAACAGCUGGACACUCACCCUUAAUCGUCGACAGGCCAAAGGCUAAUGGUUUAUCUUUCGCCCUUCAUUCUUCACCUUUAGAGUGCCACACUACCACUUUUUGCAUUAGACUCCAUUACCUAUCAUCGCGACAGUCGCCAUGGGCGUUACCGCAACGGUUAAGGGACGAAACACGGUUCUUUCCCAAACGUCCGACACUUCGGUCCCCUCGUCGCAAGACAUUGACUCGAAACCCAAAUACACAGAUGGCGAAUCUGACGAGUUCGAGUUCGGCGGAUCCUUCGGAGCAGCUGCCCUGAUGAUCGGCUUUCCUCUACUCAUGUGGUAUAUGUGGAUCGGUGCCACAUACUACGAUGGCCAAUUUCCAACACCGGAGGCUGGACAGAGUUGGGGAGACUUCGCGCGUCACUUAGCUCACCUUGUCUACGAAGGAGCCUACCCCACAGCAAAGGCCUGGGCAGUAUACUGGGUCUUCUUCAUCUUCGAAGCGCUCAUGUACUGCUAUAUGCCGGGCGUAAUGAGCCAGGGCCGCCCGCUCCGCCACGAAGGCGAUAAGAAGCUUCCUUAUUACUGUUCAGCCUACACCAGCUGGUAUGCAACUCUUGCAAUCGCCGCUGCGCUCCACAUCUCAGGACUCUUCCCCUUGUAUACCCUCAUUGACGAGUUCGGCUCAAUUAUGACUGUGGCAAUCCUCUCUGGCUUCCUCAACAGUAUAGCUGUAUAUGUUCAGGCUGUUGUACGUGGUAGAACUCAUCGCCUUACCGGAUACCCCAUCUAUGACUUUUUCAUGGGCGCCGAGCUGAACCCACGGAUCGGUAUCCUGGACUUCAAGAUGUUCUACGAAGUUCGCAUCCCUUGGUUCAUACUAUUUCUCAUUACUGCCUCUGUAGCGGCGAGACAGUAUGAAACCUACGGCUACGUCUCAGCUGAGGUUAUUUGUUUGAUGGGUGCGCACUUCAUCUAUGCCAACGCUUGCGCUAAGGCAGAGCAGCUCAUCAUUACUUCUUGGGACAUGUACUUUGAGAAGCUGGGCUUCAUCUUGACUUUCUGGAACAUGGCCGGCGUUCCCUUCACAUACUGCCACUGCGCACUCUACCUCGUAAACCACGACCCGUCCAAGUAUCGUUGGAGCCGACCUGUCCUCUUCGCAUUCAGUGUUGUGUACUUGUUCAUGUACUGGAUGUGGGACUCAUCGAACGGACAGAAGAACUCAUUUCGUCAACAGGAGCGUGGCCAGCUGAUCAAGCGUAAGGCGUUUCCUCACAUGCCCUGGACGGUUAUCGAGAACCCGCGCGUGAUCGAGACGAAGGCUGGAGAUCGGAUCAUGGUCGAUGGGUGGUUCGCCAUCAUCCGCAAGCCCAAUUAUGUACCCGAUAUGUUCUUCUCGAUAUCAUGGGGUCUCAUUACUGGAUUCAAGAGCCCUUUCCCUUGGUUUUACUUUGUCUUCUUCAUGGUCAUGAUCAUUCACCGUGCCAAGAGGGACAUCGUAAGAUGUCGCCGCAAGUACGGAGAGGCCUGGACCCAAUAUGAGAAGGAGGUCCCCUAUCUGUUCAUCCCGUACAUCAUCUAGUUUGGUCCGUCGAACUUCAUAAAGAUUUCGCUGUGGGGGACAUCCAAGGAACAGAAGGAGAGGGAGGAACUUGCGCAGGGCAAGGAAUUGUUGGAAACAUGAGCUUCGAGUGCCAGCCCAAUCCUCUGCAACGAGACAAGGCCGGACGAAGCAAGCAAAAAUUCGCAGGGUGGUCGACUUAGACAGAAGUAGCCCAGCACAAUCUCACACCGUAGAAUCUCA